CAGCAUCUCUUUCCUCAGCUGUGUCAGCCUGCAGACUCUGCAGAGAAGCUGUGGAGCAGACUCCCAGGUUGCUUCAUCGGUUUUUAACGCAGAUCUGUAAACCUGCAGAGUUUUCCAGAAAAAAAGGCAGGAUCCAAAAUCUGGAGUGAGCGUAAACCUGCAGGUUGGGCCGAGGAAGGAGAUCAGAAACGUGUAAAGAAGCCAUCAUGUUGUGAAAACUGAAGCUGACUUCGCUGUAAUUCACCGCUGAAGCUUCCACUUCCUGCUGCUGAAGGCCAGAGUUCCUCCGUCCACCGGUUCUCCUUCCCUGGACUCCAACCUUCCCGUCUCCGUGGCCCAGCUAUGAAUCCCUAUGCCGAUGAUGAUUCUGGGUUUUCAAGCUGUCCAACUCCGUAUUCCGCCUCUAAUCCUAAUUUCUGCUGUGAUCCAUCUGACCCUCCGCUGGUCCAGACCGGCUGCAGCUCUCUGUCGGCGUCCCCAGCCCCUCAUUUCCCGGCGGACCACCAUGGCCAGACCCCCAGCUCCACGCUGCCGCUGCCAGCCUUCAGUCCCGUGGAGAACCCCUACGCUCCUCCCGCCGGCCUCCACUCCCAUCAGGCCUCCGUCUCCAUCCCGUCCCCGGACCUCCGGCCGUCUCCUGCCCAGGACGACAUGUUCGACGAAGGCGGCCCGGACCUGGAGUGCGCCAUCUGCUUCAGCCAGUUCAACAACGUCUUCCGCUGCCCCAAGAUGCUGAACUGCAAGCACACCUUCUGCCUGGAGUGCCUGGCACGCAUGAACGUCAAGUCGUCGGAGCCCAGCGCCAUCCAGUGCCCGCUGUGCCGCGGCCUGACGCCCCUGCCCCCCCUCGGCCUCCCCAAGCUGGCCACCGACUCCACCGUGCUGUCCUACCUGCCGGCCGCCAUGCAGAGGGUCUACAGCAUCCGCUUCAUCCGCAACAAGGGGAAGCUGCAGGUCAAAAGGAACACCAACGGACCGGGACGGACGGGCCGCAGGUCGGUCACCUCCCUGAGGUCGGUGAACCGCUCUCUGGACGUGGGACUUCCCAGCUCGUCCUCAGGGGACGGCGGCGGGGAGUCGGGGGGCCUGAGCGGCGUCCUGUUCCGGCUGACGGGCCGGCCGCUGUGCCGGGCCCUCCUGCUGACCCUGGUGGUGAUGAUGAUGAUCCUCCUGACGGGAAUAAUCAUCUUCCUGCUCAUGAACAACAAGGCCGGCUGACUUUACGUCACUUCCUGUCCACCUCUGCGUCCGACUGGAGGACGAAACGGAACAUUUUCAUCUUCCUGUGGCCGAUGAGGUUGGAACCGACCCGGAUGUGCAAUAAGGCAACGUCCUUCAAAUAGAAACUUUAAACUUGCUGCUGCAAAAGUAUAUAUAUUUAAUUUUAAGUCAUGGGAAGUAAGUUGAGUGGGGGGGCGGUGGUGGCUGGUCAUCUUUUUAGAUUCUACGUGAGCUUUGGGCGUCCAGAAUGAUGCUGUGGAGCGGCUGAGCUGAGUCGGACCUUUUUGGCCUUUGACCCGGACCAGAUGUGUGGCUGUUACAGCAAAGCUGCACGCUUCCUCCUGGUUUUACUCCAAAAAACACGUUUUUGCAUAAACAAGAGCUAAAUAAUAACCAGAAACGGGUCGGAGUCCGUCUGGUUCCCAAAGCUAUAACCCUCAGACCAAAUGAUCCGCUUCCACUUUCACUCCUGAAAGGUUUCAGGUUGAAUCCACGCCUGGAACCCGGGUUUUGUUUCCUUCGCUCCAAACACAGCUCUUUGUUCUGCGUGUUCUCCUGCUGACGCGGGUUCUGGCACCGGUUCCUCUGAAACACGGACACUCAGGGACAGACCGCUGUUUAUUCCGCUCCGACGCAGCCAAAGAUUUCCCUUUUAAUCAAAUGUUGUUGACGGAUGUCAUGCAAACGAGCCGGCUGCGGCGGUUCUGCUGCAGCGGUUCAGACACAGGACCACAGAGAACCUGCGGCCGGUUCCUCUGCUCGGUCACACUCGCCCGUUCAGGUCCGUUUCUCUCUGAGGUUCUGUGGCCUGAAUUUGCCUGCGUGUUAAAAACAACAUGAAUGCGUCUCUUCACAGAAACUUUUCGGUGACGCAUUUGUUUCUACAAACAGGAGGCCGGUUCUGAAGCUGCAGAGACGACGCUUCUGGUUCGGGUUCUCCUGGCCCGUCUUAGUUUGGUUCUGUGAGGGAGGUUCUUUUUUUACCUGAAUGGGUCAGGAGGGUUUGGACCUGUAGAAUGAACUCAGGGUCAGCACUCUGGGUGCUGCAGGGGCCUUCAGAGCGGCGGUUCGGACCGGCCUGGUCCCGUUGAUGGUUCUGCAUGCUGAAUGUUUUAUCUGACCUUAAAAUAGUCCCAAAUGGAAACUUCUUCCAGAACUGCUUUGAAUAUCAAAUAGUAUCUGAAAUCAGAAACUGGCUUCAUUGUCUCGGUUCUGAAACGUGAUCGGUUGAAGCCCGGUUUCUAGAACACUCUGUCCUGUUUUUAUGUCGCUGUCUGAGGUCCGGGCCUCUUUUACUGUGCAAUGGAAAAUAAUCUUUUAUAUAUUUAUGAUCCUUUUAGGCAACCUUGCACUGUCACACUUUCUUUUGGGUCCGAUUUAAAUAAAGUUCUGA